GCAGGUUAGCGACGGACCGCUUCCCCUCUCUGCCCUCACUCAAUAUGUCUGCGUCUUACAGACGAGAGCAGCGAAGCGCUGAGACAAAAUGGCCGCUGAGAGCGGGAGGGGGCGCUCUAGCUCGGCGUCUCGGUGUUCUUCUGAGCAUGCUGGCGGAUUGGAGCCUCGCCGAGUUUGAGGCUGAGAGCGAGCCCGGGGCCAAGAGAGUCGCUGGGAGGGAGGGAGGCUGGAAGUUCACACGGCCGCCGAAGUGAUUUUUGCCCGGGAGCUGCCGCUGUUUCUUCGGAAGCUUCUGCUCGAAUCCCCCGUCCUGCCUCAUCCUAUUGCUCUUUCCGCGCGCGCGUGUGUCUGUCUCCGCGACUUCUCACUACGGCUUCCCUCCGAAAUCUGUCUCGGCUCCUGUCCGUCUUUUAAUCCCGCUCUCCUGUCUAUCCAUUCCCCCCACCCCACGCCGUCUGGCUCCCUCUGUUUUCCCAGUGGGGGAAAAGGUUUUCCUUUUCUUUCGCCUCAGUCCGAACGGCGUCUCUGGGUCCUCUGAAUCAGCUGCAUAGGUUCAACUCCUCAGUCCGCCCCACUCCACCAAGUCCCAGGAAGGUGGCUGCCUUUCGCUUCUUCUCCAUCCCCCGUUUUCCAGCUUCCCUGGAUUGGGGGUAUAUCCUUGUUUGCCCCGCAGAGUCUCUACUAUCCAGUCCUGCCUGCUUACCUGUAACUAACUUUCUUUGGGACUGCCAGACACCCCUCCGCUCCCCUCUCUGGAACUAUCCCUCUUGUGUAGAGAAAUUGGCUCUCCUCCUGUGUCUCCCUGUUUGGUAUGUAACCAAAUUGCAUUGUUGGUUGCCUUCGCUGCCUUAAUCGUAUUGAGGACAGUCCUCUCAGCUCUCUCUCUCUCUUGCAAUAAACAUUAAAAAAUAUCCUUUUCUCUCUGACCAACUUUUUUGGCCUGUGAUAUUUUCAACGUUGUUGAUAAUCAGUGUGACGAUUUGUUUUUAAGACUUCCUGACUCCAGGAGGCAAACGCCCAGCCUUGACUCCAUAGUUUUAUGUCUUACUGAAGGGCUUUUCCCUUACCUAAAUGUUUUAAGUUCUGCCGCUGCUUUGAAUGUAACUUUUUCUGAUUACCUUAAUAAUUGGAAAACGGGCGAGUCUUUCCUAAUCAGAAUUAUUUUUACCGCCACCACUAUCUCAGUGUAGUGUUGGUGAGGCUAGUAUUUGGAGAACUAAAGAGGAGGAUGCCAAGGAAACUGCUGUUACCUUAUAAAUCUGUGUUUUCUCACUCUCGAGUUGGAAGGGGUUUGCAUGAUUCUUUGGCAAUGAAUGCAGCCAGAAGUGGCUACCGGGUCUUCUCAGCAAAUUCCUCAGCAGCCUGCACAGAACUGGCCAAGAGGAUCACUGAGCGCCUUGGUGCUGAACUUGGAAAAUCUGUGGUAUACCAAGAAACCAAUGGAGAAACAAGAGUUGAAAUAAAAGAAUCAGUCCGAGGACAAGAUGUAUUUAUCAUUCAGACAAUUCCCAGAGAUGUGAACACUGCAGUAAUGGAACUGUUGAUUAUGGUUUAUGCACUGAAAACAUCCUGUGCCAAAACCAUCACAGGUGUAAUUCCCUACUUCCCUUAUAGUAAACAAAGCAAAAUGAGGAAGAGAGGCUCAAUAGUCUGUAAACUCCUUGCUUCUAUGUUGGCUAAAGCAGGUUUAAGCCACAUCAUCACUAUGGAUCUUCAUCAGAAAGAAAUACAGGGUUUUUUUAGCUUUCCUGUUGAUAACUUGAGAGCAUCACCUUUCUUGCUUCAGUAUAUACAGGAAGAGAUUCCUGAUUAUAGGAAUGCAGUUAUAGUAGCAAAGAGUCCUGAUGCUGCUAAGAGGGCCCAGUCUUAUGCUGAGCGACUGCGGUUAGGCCUGGCAGUUAUCCAUGGAGAGGCUCAGUGCACAGAGCAAGACAUGGAUGAUGGACGGCACUCUCCUCCAACAGUAAAAAAUACUACAUUGUGCACUGGCCUGGAGCUACCCUUGAUGAUGGCCAAAGAAAAACCACCCAUAACAGUAGUUGGAGAUGUUGGAGGUAGAAUUGCCAUAAUUGUGGAUGACAUAAUUGACGAUGUUGAAAGUUUUGUGGCAGCUGCAGAAAUCCUGAAAGAGCGUGGUGCUUACAAGAUCUUUAUCAUGGCCACUCAUGGUCUCUUGUCUGCUGAUGCCCCACGUCUAAUUGAAGAGUCCUCAAUUGAUGAGGUUGUAGUCACCAAUACAGUUCCUCACGAAGUACAAAAACUGCAGUGUCCCAAGAUAAAGACUGUGGAUAUCAGCUUGAUCCUUUCUGAAGCUAUCCGUCGAAUCCACAAUGGGGAGUCUAUGGCUUACCUCUUCCGCAAUAUUACCAUGGAUGAUUAAAUUUAUUUUUUCUCAUUCUGCCAUCAGUUUCCUCAAAGAGAAGGGAAAACAAUAUGUAUAUGAGCAAGUGCCAUAACGUUCAUAGUGUAUUUUUAAAAACAUAACAGGGCUGAGUAUUUUGAGCUGAGCUUCACAAAUCCUGCAUGGAGACUGGAUCAGGGUGCAGAUAGGCAUUGGAAUAUAUUGUUAAACUAUUUGAAUUAUGCUAAUUGUGGCUUUUUGCUCUUGUUAUAUCUUGUGUAUCAUGAGAGGCAAUUGGGGGAUGACUUUAAAGUGCACUGAGAUUUACUCUACAUGCAUAUCCUCACAUCACACUAAAAUAUUUUUUCCUUGCCAUCUUUGGAACAAUUUUAACAUCAUGGUAGCAGCAAGUUUUUCUUUUGUGAAAUGGUUUCCAAUGAUUCAUUUCCAUCAACAAUAACAUAAUGUGAUGCUAUCUGGUUCCAAAGUUGAGGUAAAAAAUUGAAUGUGCUACCUCUUUUUUGUUACAUAGAAUAUGUUGUAAUCCUGACUAGCAGCUUGAAAGAGAAGCAUAGAAAUUCUAUAUAUAAUGGUUACUACAGUGUGUGCUAAAAUGUAGAGUUAAAUGGGAUUUGUACUCUGUUUUUGUGCAUGGCACAAGAUGGGAUAUUUUAGUUAGAAGAUAUGGAGAACUCUGCAACCCUAUCUUGUGUCAUACACAUUUUUAUUCAGUGAUAUAGAAUGGUUAACCUAGUGAAAUGAACUCUGAUUUUUAGAACACUAAGUUAGCAAUCAUAUACUCUGCAGUAUUUUACCACUAAGGCCUUUGCUGGGAUGAUUGAGUCUCUUUUCCAAUGCAGUGAUUCUUGAGCAUUUUAUUAGACAUUAGCUUUUGGCUUGGAAAUGAAACUAUCUACUUCCACACAGUUUUAUUUUUUUUCUUCUGGUAUGUGUUCCUAGGAUGCCAAAAUUUCAUCUCUUGAAUUUCCUCCACUUCAGAAGUAUCUUCUCUGCUUCGAAUUUGCUUGAUUAAUUCCUGCAUAUCUUCAGAGCUUCAGAAUAGAAAAUUAGAUCUUAAUAUCUAUUGCACAUUGUUUGAAUUAACACUGAGUUGCAUAUAUGGUAGCAAAAGGGAAGGAUGUUUUCCCUUUUCCACAGAACAGAUCUUGAAUUUUCUAAAAUAUAAGAACAUUAACUUUCUUCAGAAAAGUUCAUGAAGCCACCCAUUCUUAAUGCUAUUUUAUUUCAACUUGUAUUUUGUUUGAAAAGGCCUAAAUCAUACUUACCUGCAUAGGCCAACAAUCCAAACCUACUGUUGCGGUAGGACGGCAAGAGGUAGGUUUGAGAAAAAUGCUACCCACAAUGCAGAUAAGCCUAAACCAGACCAAAUUUUACUAAGCUUACUUAAUCUAUAGUUUUUUGGAUUGGUUUGUUUUGUUUCUUUUGGGAUUUAUUGAUUCUUGUAUCUGCUCCAAUAUUCUAUAAGCUGGUCAUUAUUUUGCAUUUCCUAGUGUUCCUUAUCUUGCUGCUCUUCUAACCAUUCUGAUUCAUUUUGGCCUCUUCAACUUGAACAGUUCUUUGUCUUUUUAAAUUUGCUAUUAUCUGUCUUUUUGGUUUAGCAAAUUAUCCUUUUGACUAGUAUUCUUUGGCAGCUUUGAUCAUUAUAAGAAAUGCCUAAAAUAGGGUAUCUGGAUCUUGCAUGUAAUGAUUAAAAUAGUGGGAAGACUUGCCUUCAAUAAAUUAUUGAUGCAUUUUUGUAUCUUUUCUCAUUGAUAUUGUUAUUACAUCAAACCUCAAAAAAGUAUACAUGCAGCCAUUAUUUAGUUCAUAGCCCAUUUGCUCAAAGAGCUCUUCAUACCUCAACCCCUUAUAUAAAGCAUUUCUCAGUUUGAUGAUAUUGAAAUCAAGUGUUCUCUUUUCACUGAAUUUUUAGAAGUAUUUAAUACCAGACAAGGUAUAAAUCAACUGUUUGUUAUCUCAUUAAUAUUGUUAUUUAUUAUCCCAUUAGUGUGAUUUUCUUAUUAACACUGUUACUCACUUAAUGGUAUUAGAGCAUCUUGUAUUAUUAUGAGAGUCUUCAUGAUCAUGGAAAUAUUGUUCAUUGCUUUAUGGUGUAUUGUUCUCAUAUUCCUGCUUUAAAGGAAGAGAAAGAAAAAGAUUCUUCUUUGCUAUAGUCAAACUAGUCCCAAAACAUGGGUAAAUAUGAAUCUUAAGUGUAUCUAAUUCACUAAUUAUAUCAAAAGCACAGUCAUAGCAAUGGUGAACAGUUAUAAUAGAAUGCUGAAAGUUCAGAAAUAUUAUCCCAGCUUCACAAACAAUAUAUGUUGGCACAACUAAUUAAGUGCCUUAACUUAAUGGUGGGAUGGUGAUUCUAAGUCAUCUCAGUGAUUGCCAGAAGAGAUUUGAUAUAAUCUUCUAGACAGAUUAACCAAAAAUAACUCAUGUUCUCUCAGAAGGUUUCACUGCAUGACUUACAAAAAUAUAGGCAAGAUUAUGUAGCAUUUUGUCUUCAUUUACUAUUGAGAAAAGGGAACUAUCCUUAAUUUCCCUUAAAUUUUUUUCCAUCCAUCAAAGCAUAUUUAAGUAGCUUUCAAUUCAUAUUCAGGGACAAAGCCUGGAAGUCCAGGAAGAGUCUUUGCUGUUCAGCAAACCAAUCCCUUUGUUUAUAUAUAUACCAGUUUACAAUUUAGCUACCUUUUUACAUAUCUCUCAUGAGUGCAGAGAUAUGUAAAUCUCAACAUGGAAACAUCUUGUUCUUAUUUCAGCCUGGUUAAGAAAUCAGAAUAUUCUGAGGUAAAAAGCAAUAUUUUGAGAUAGUCUCAUAAAUCAUAAAUGAUGACUGAUUUAGAAAAGUCAUGUUUAAUCCAUUGCUGUGAUUUUCAUUGGUGCCUGGCCUUAGGUUCAAAGUUCAAACUAUUUUGAUUUUAAAUCUUUAUUUUUUAAGGGUAAACAGCAUUGACUGA